UCUGCAGAUUUUGCCUUCUCCGCGUCUCCCCUUUGCAGCUUUGCUCCUGCCUAAGGUCCUAACACAGCCACAUUUCGAUCUUUUUCUUCUUUUCUGAAUCAAAAUAUAUCCUUGGUCUAUUUUUUAGUCUGGCCUCUUUCCCAUCUCCUGAUCUCCAUUAAAACUCCAUCUUCUUCGAUAACCCAGCAGAACCCAUCUACCUUCCUCGUUGCCCUCUGCUUUGUAAAUAGCUUCUCAAUCCUUCCGAAUUAAUCUCCAUAUUCCUCUUUUUUUCCAAGGAUCGAAGGAGAAAGCAGGUAAUCAUCUUCUCAAAUCUUUCAAUCCAUUUUCAAUUCCUUUUUUUGGUUCAAGAAGAGAUAGAAGGAGAGAAAGAAUCUCGAUCGAAGAAGACGAUAGAGGUUUAGAAAGAAAGAAAGAUGGCACCUAACAGGUUUGCAACCAUGCUCCACAGAAACACCCACAGGAUGGCGUUCCUUCUGAUAUACACAGUGUUAGAAUGGAUCUUAAUAGCUCUUCUCCUCCUCAGCGCUAUCUUUUCCUAUUUUAUUGCCAAGUUUGCUUCUUUCUUCGGCCUAAAGCCCCCUUGCAUCUUGUGCACGAGAGUCGAUCAUCUAUUCCAGCCUGGCAAGGGCCAGAGCUCCUAUAGGGAUCUUCUUUGCGAUUCGCAUGCCGGAGAAAUUUCCAAGCUUGGAUUUUGCUCCAAACACCGGCGGCUCUCUGAUGCCGGCGACAUGUGCGAAGACUGCGCCGGCUCGGCAUUUGAUGGGCCCGAUCGGAGCGUUGCUUUGCUGUCGCGGAUGAAGCGAAAUGAACAGAAGCAGAAGGAUCUUCUCUGCUCUUGCUGCGGCGUGGUUCAUGAGAGCGGCUUCUAUAAAAUUCUAAAAAUUGAACCUUGGGACGUUUUGGAGUGUGUCCAUGACGAUAGAUCUGUUAAAGAGGAGAUGAAAGAGGACAAAGAUGGCGCCGUUGGCCAGGCGAAGGCUGAACUCGGGCGAGAGAUUCCUUCCGCUCAUACUGAAGAGAUCGAAGAACAGAAAGCCGAAGGAGGCGAGAAAGAGGGUGAUUCGAAAGGCGAGACUUUGAUUCCAUCUUCUUGUGAUGUGAUGGAAGACGCGUCGGUGGCGAUCUUUGCUCAACCUUUGGAGAAGAUAGCUGAUGAAGAGCGUCUUCUUCCCAUUGAAUUAAUCGAUUCUUCCACCAUGAUGAGAUGUCUUCCUAGAGGGCAUGCUGCUGAUGGUAUAAUGCUUCAAAGAGGUGCGGCAGAACACGAAUCUGCAUCAAUUGAUAUUGGCAAAUUUUCAGUGGAGCAAAGUUUUACGGCUUCAAGUGACGACCCUGAAGAAAGGCAAGCCAAUCUUGCCACUGACGUGUUAGCCGUUUUGGAAUUUGGUUCAAAUGCUCAUAUGGUCACCAAUGAACCCUCUGAAGAUAUUUCAUUUGAUGAUCGCAACAUCAUUCCUCAAGAAGCUAUUGAUGUUGAGUUGGGAACGACGAUGAAUGCUGAAGAUUUUGAAGAGCGUCAAGCCUGUGAAGAAGAAUCCAAAGUGAAUGAGGAGGUUAAUUGUGAGAUAUCAAUAGGGAGUGACAUAUGUGACCAAGAACAGAUCGAGCAUGCUCAAAUCCAUGAAUCAAUACCUGAACUAGAAUUCCCACAAGAUCAAAGUUUGGAGAGCUUCAAUGAAAAAAAUGAUCGAGAGAUAGUAACUGAAACUGAACCGUUGAAGCGAACUGCUCGACAAGUGAAGCAUCUUGCUAUAUCUCCAUUUCUUAAUGAAAUUGUAGAGGAGGGAAUGCCUGAAACUCCAACAACACCAUACUCUAUUGAGGGAUUUCCUGUUUUACCCAAGAGGUUUCUGUUAGAAAGGAGAGAAUCUGGGACUGAAUCUUUAGAUGGAAGCAUUGCUAGCGAUUUAGACAAUAUGGAGCCAUUGACUUUAGAUCGUUUGAAGGCAGCUCUGAAGGCUGAGCGCAAGUCUCUAAUUGCAUUAUAUGCUGAACUUGAAGAAGAGCGAAGUGCAUCAGCUAUAGCUGCCAAUCAAACCAUGGCAAUGAUAACCAGGCUGCAAGAAGAGAAGGCUGCAAUGCAGAUGGAAGCACUUCACUACCAGAGGAUGAUGGAGGAACAAUCAGAGUAUGAUCAAGAGGCACUGCAGCUGCUCAACGAGCUCAUGAUGAAGAGGGAGAAGGAGAAACAGGAGUUGGAGGAGGAGCUUGAGCUUUAUCAUGAGAAGGUUCUCAUGUACGAGGCUCUGGAGCGGAGUAAAAAGUCUGGGAGCAAGGAGAAAGGCGGCAGGAGUGGAACUGCAUCUGGUUUGUCAAGUUCAGAAGAUAGUGAUGAUCUUUCCUUUGAGUUCUGUGAAGGUGAGGAGAGAAUCCCCCAUGAGAGAAAGAAGAACACUUCCUCUCCUGAUAUUUUAAGCUAUGUGGAAAAUACAAACACAUUGGAUGGAUGUUUAAAUGAAUUUGAGGAGAAUAGACUCUCCAUAUUAAAGAAGCUCAAAGCAUUGGUAGAGAAGCUUUUCAAAAUGGAUGAUGAGGAUGACUUCAGUGAUCCAGAAACAACGAAACAUUGUUGGGUUGAAAAUGGCCAUGGAGUUAAUGGAGAAUGCAAACUGCUAAGCGAUGAUAUAUACUGUGGAUCUAUUAAUUGUUCUUCAUGUGAUCUGCAAACUAAUGGAAAGCUUCAUGGUGAAGAAAGAAGUGCAGGUAUUCAAGGAAAAAGUCUUCUACCCCUUUUCGAUGCUAUCAGCUUAGAAAGUGAAGAGAAGGUAAGCACAAAAGAUGAUUCAAUUGAUAGCUACUCACCUGACUCAGUUGCAAAGUUUGCAGUGGGUCACAAGCAGUUAGCUGUUGCUGAGGAGAUAGAUCAGGUCUAUAAGAGAUUACAAGCUCUUGAGGCAGACCGUGAUUUCAUCAAGCAUUCUAUCUCUUCAUUGAAGAAAGGAAAGAAGGGGAUGAAUCUUCUUCAAGAGAUCCUUCAAAACCUUCAUGAUCUCAGGAGAGUUCAGCUCCCUGCCACCAAUUCCGACUUCUAAGUUGACAAGCAGAUGGAGUUCCUGCUGUUAUCUGAGUUUCAAGAGUAUGUUAUAAAGCUGGAGGUCCUGUUAAUGGCGGAGCCAAUCGGGAGUCACGAAGAAGGAAGGCAUGGCAACAUCUCAGAUGAUGAGAGGUUUGAUUUCUGAGCUUUGUUCAAAGUCGAAGCAAAAGCAGAUUCAUGGGAUGAAUCUGCUUUUCAUUUCCCAGAAUUUUUGUGGGGCUAUGUUAAAUUUAUGGCUUUCUUACUUUUUUUUGCUGGGUCUGGUCCCCUCCCACCGUCUAUGGAAGAUGGUGGAAUGGAAGAGGGUGGUAAUGAGCUACCCAUAUAAUUGUUGCAGUGGAAAUCAUGGCUUUAAAGUUUGCCAUGGAGCCAUGAAUUCCCCCUUGGCCUUGCCCGCUACACCAAUCCAUCUAAAAAGAUGGAGAAAGGUAGGUUUAGUGGAGUUCCUUUUGUAUGUUUAAAUGAUUAGUAUCAGUAUUUUUUUUUUCUAUCUUUUUUUUCCUGUUUGUUUUGGAGUUCUUUGAUGUCUUCUUUCCCUUGGGAAGGGAAAGUGUCAUGUUGUAAAAUACUCUUUGGCUUAUGAGGCUUUCUUUUUUAUGUUGAUAUAUGAACAAAUAUAGUAUUUCUAUUAUUUUUUUGAGUG